UUAACCUAAAAAGCACAACUGAGCCUGAAUCAGGGGACAACUCGGGUUACACGUUCAGUUCAGCAAGAAUUUAAGUGGUCUCUUUAUCCUCUUAAGAGACAUGUACGCUGGGAGACGAAUGGUUCGGAUUUGUGUUCUUUAGGUUUAUCAGAUUCAACUUUGAGUAUUUCGUGCGCCACUGUAUGCAUGGGGUACCAAGAGCAUUUGUAUUUUUGAGUCCUGUUUUCUUUACGCUCGGAAAUCGGACCACUCCAGCUGCCCUUAUCUGCCGGCUGUGGACUAUUCUGUCUUUGAAAGCUUGCGUUUUUUCAGUUUCAAAGGGAAAAUGGGUUGUUGCACAGGUCGAUGCACGCUGAUCUUUCUAUGCACUUUACAGUUGCUUGCUUCAUUAGAGCGCCAGAUAUUUGAUUUCCUGGGCUACCAAUGGGCUCCCAUCCUGGGAAACUUUCUUCACAUAAUAGUUGUCAUUCUGGGUCUCUUUGGAACUAUUCAGUAUCGGUCCAAAUACAUCAUUGUGUACUCCAUUUGGACUGCCCUCUGGGUUGCCUGGAAUGUGUUCAUCAUCUGCUUUUAUUUGGAAGUAGGAGGUCUCUCUAAGGACACGGACUACAUGACGUUCAACAUCUCCAUGCACCGCUCCUGGUGGAGGGAGCACGGACCCGGCUGCGUGAGGAGGGAGGUGCCCCCCCCCACCUCCCGGGGCCUGGAGGACCACUCCUACAUCUCAGUCACGGGCUGCAUGGUGGAGUUCCAGUACCUGGAGGUCAUGCACUCCUCCCUGCAGAUACUGCUGGCUCUGGUUGGCUUUGUGUACGCCUGCUACGUGAUCAGUGUGUUCACAGAGGAAGAGGACAGCUUUGAUUUUAUAGGAGGACUUGAUUCAUACACCUACCACCAUUCACCCCAGAAAACCUCCCAUGUCCAAUUAAAGCCGGUUUAUCUAUCUAAGUAAAUGAGAAGCAGAUGCCAGUGUACCGGAGACACCAAAAAACGUGAAGAGAUCCGCUGUGUGCCACACAGUGCUGCGUGAAACAGCUGGGCCUGUACAUAUGUGAGUGUGUGAGCUGGAUGUUAGGGUGUGUGAGUGUGUGAGCUGGAUGUUAGGGUGUGUGUGUGUGUGUGUGAGCUGGAUGUUAGGGUGUGUGAGUGUGUGAGCUGGAUGUUAGGGUGUGUGUGUGUGUGUGUGUGUGUGUGUGAGAGCUUGAUGUUAGGGUGUGUGUGUGUGUGUGAGCUGGAUGUUAGUGUGUGUGUGUGUGUGAGCUGGAUGUUAGGGUGUGUGUGGGAGCUGGAUGUUAGGAUGCGUGAGUAAGUGAGCUGGUUGUUAGGGUGUGCGUGUGUGUGAGCUGUAUGUUUUGGUGUGCAUGUGUGAGCUGUAUGUUAGGGUGUGUGUGUGUCUGUACAUGUGCACUCACACACCAUCAAUCUUUGACCAAAUUGAUCACUAGGCAGCCCUCUGUAAAAAAAUGAAUAAAUCCAAAUUCUGUACACAUUUUUUUAAUCAAUCUAAUCUUUCUCUGAGCCUGUAACCCAUGGACUAUGGUAUGUGGGGUCAGUUGGCGAUGUGUAAUUCCAAACAGAUGUUUUUUGCCCAUCCUCUUUGUUUUAUGAAAUAUUCACAAAAUCUGACGUGGCACUUGUGAUACCCAUGCAUUUUCAGUGGUAGAAUUCAUUUUAUCCAUUUAAAUAUGAGGGACAUCACAUAAACUAUUUCACAAUUAAAUCCUAAAUGGACUUGCUUUCAUAAUUGUGUAUCUCCUGUAAAAAGUUUUAAUAUGUUCAUUUUGGUAAUGUACCUAUAUGUCACUUUUAGUCUUAUCAUUUGUACAUAAUGUGUAUGCUGUGCUUUGAAUCACAAAAAUAUAAUUAAUUGCAAGGGUCCAAGUCUUUUUUGAACAGGUUUUUUUUUUAAUCUUGAUCCAAACUGCAACUAAAAUUUAAGCAAGGAAGCUUUUCUCACAAAGGUUCAGUAAUUGCCUCAAAUAUUACCAGAUGCAAAUCCUAAUUCUCAAUUCUACGUACAAUAAUCCUGUCAGUACACUUGUGUAAAUAAGAACAUUAUACAGCACAUAUAUGGACAGAUUUAACCUUUGUUACAUAUUCAAAUUUUCUGUGUGUAAAACAUUUCACAUUUAGUGAAUGACAAUUCAGACAGAAUAUGUCAAAUAAUAAUGGUCUGUACCUUAACAUACUUGCUACAUACAGUGAAUAUCAUUCCAUUCUCCCAUAUCAAUUAAUAUUCUCCCACACCAUAUUAAAUGAAAAGCUUUGAGGUUUAGCUAUACAGAGGGGGUCAGAUCAAGUGGUUCUGUUGAGUGACUUUGUAUUAGGUAGACAGUGUCUACUCUGAAUUUGCAAUGGUGUAUGUGGCACAUCUGUGAUGUUUUGUCUGAUUUCAAAUACUUUUUUUUUUUCCAUACCGGAUAGUGAUAAAGCACAUGUUCUGUGACAUUUGAAAUAGUGCCUUUUAUAUCUAGUUUCACCUUAUACAGUACUUCACAUUUGAGGCUGUUUGUGUUAAUAUUGUGAGCAUUCAUGUUCAUUUUCAGUGUGGCAAAGGGGCAUUUGGAGCCAACUAAAUGUUAGAUGUCAGUAUGUUGAUAAUGUGUAAUUUGUACACAUUUGUAUAUCAUCAGCAAACCAAGGCCACAGAGUGGGAAAAGUAUUGCCCUGUCCAUGACAUUGGAAUAGACUGGCAUUAAAGGACACAAAGAGGAUGAUCAGAUGGAAGAAUCAUAUCUGCCGUGUAACUAUUCCUGCAGCCAGACCUCACAAGGUUGAGCUAAAGGGACUAUUGCCAUCUGCUGGGAAUAUACAGAAAUGAACAGUGAUGUGUUUAAAAAAAAAAAAACUGGAAAUCAUAUGCAAAGUGUGUGAACAGACCUGAAAUUUACUACUAAUAUAAAACAGAAUCAAGAAUUGUGAGAGAGAAAGUGCAGUAAGUAGUGUGUUUUGUCAAUUAUCUUACAUUUUGACUCAAAAUAUCUUGGAUCUUGAAUGGGGCUUUGUCACAGAACAAAUGUUUCAUUUAAACAGACAGUAUACUUUGUGCAAAAAAAUGUUUCCAAUGUACAUCACAGAGCUUAAUUUAGGGAUUGUACAAAAUGUUUUUUGAUGUAAAAUACUAUUGGAUGCAUGCACAGAUUGUUUUUUAUUUUAUUUUUUGUGAUUGCUGUGUUUAUCCUUUUUAAAACCCAUCGUUUGGGUAGAUAGAUAAGACCUGAAUGAAGGUUGUAUAUAAUAAACUAUGUUACUUGUGCCAUUUACAACAUAAAGCCGGAAACAUUAAAUGUUAGCUGUGUGCAAUCUUUCCACACUUCACAGCCCCCAGUAGCAUUUUGAGCUCUUGGAUGUAUUGGAUGGAUAGCCGGUUGACAUCUAGGCUAUUGGCACUGUCCCUUUAUUGUUUAUGAAACAAGGACAACCCUCCACCUUAUAGGCUAUUUUCCAUACUACAGCAACUGCCAGGUUAAUAACACUUGCAAUAAAGUAAUAUUUAUUCUUCCUUUGAAAAUGUAAACAAAUACUAAUUCAGGCAUUGUGUGAAGGUUUUAGUCAUUGGAUGUUUUGUCUGCGUGUGUGUGGGUGAGUGUAUGUAUGAGUGUGUAUAGAACAGUACUUUUUGCACAUUUAAUUUUUACCUUAUGUAAAAUCUACCUUCUUUUGUGAUCUGACAAGUAUUAUUAAUAGGACCACAAUGUUAAAAAAAACAACUACAACAAGAAAAAACUCAGCAAGAUAGAACCUUGCCUUGCUACCAUGUGAAAAUUAGUGUUAAUAACAGGACAUUUCUUGUCGGUUAUUAAUAAACUGUAAAUUGGAAUAAGAA